AAAGUCCAAAGCCCCGAAGGGUUUAUGCCUUGCGUUGGCUGCGCUGUUUCCUUCUUUCUUUCUUUUCGUGUUUCUAUAUAGGGAGGAGUAUUUUACUUCAUCCCCAAAUCUCAAUCCCAAUCCCAAUCCCCCAAAGACCUUUUCCGUCAGUUCACGAUGCUCCGCCGUGCAUUCUCAGGAAAUCAACGGGCAUUAGUUCGAGCACUAGGACAUCGGAGUUUCACGGCACCUUCUGAGGAAUAUUUGAAGCGAAAUUAUGCUAACAAUGAGGCUGAAUACAAUACCGUCAUCAGUUCUCUCACUUCACAGAGAAGGCAUUAUUUGUUGAGGGAUGUCUACGAUGAUAUGAUGCUGGAUGGAGUCAAGCCAGAGAGGGAUACCUUCCACUCUCUCAUUGUGGGAACCAUGAAAGGCUCUCGAAUGCAAGAUGCCUUCUUUUUCCGAGAUGAAAUGAAAGCCAUGGGCUUAGUUCCCGGUGUUGAUUUAUACAACUAUUUGAUAUCUACAUGUGGAAAGUGCAAGAAUUCAGAUCAGGCAGUUCGGCUUCUUGAUGAAAUGAAGAUAUAUGGAGUGAAGCCCAAUGCACAAACAUACAUAUGCCUGCUUCAUGCAUGUGCAGCAUCCGGGAGAUUAGAUAGAGUAUAUGCAAUAGUUCGAGAUAUGACUGCUGCUGGUCUUGGUUUGAACAAAUUCUGCUAUGCUGGAAUUAUAGUUGCACACAAGAACAAGUCAAGUCUUUCUGAUGACACAGGUUCCAAAAUUUUGGAGCUUGUUGAGCAGUCCAAAGGAUGGUCCUCAAUUGAUCAAACAAGAGACACUGCUGAAAAUGUUAUGAUGGGUAUUUCUGAAGAAGAGUUGUAUAAUCUUCCUACUGCUGAAUAUGUUCAUCGCCGUGGUGGAUUCAUAGCCAGACAACUGACUGUGUAUCACGUUGCAUUUCAUGCUUUUGCUGAUCUCAGGGAUGUCAAGGCUACUGAUAAACUCUUGGAGAUUCUUGAGAACAAUGGAAAAUCUCCUGAUGUUUUUAUAUUGAUGCAAAUUAUGAGGUGUUAUCUUCAUGCUGGGGACAUUGACCGUGGGGUGAAAGUUUUUGAGGACUACAUGAAUUCUAACAGACUACCUAUGAUUGAACUCUAUGUGACAUUGGCUGAGGGUGCAAUGGUUGGUUAUACUCCGAGGGGCAUGCAACUAGCUCAAGAUACACUGGUUCAAAUGAAUUCUAGGGGGUUCUUCUUGAAUUUUAAAAUGGGCAAUGAUCUCCUCCUUAUUGCCUCCGGUGAAAAGACUGGUGGUUUUACGACUGCCAACUUCAUAUGGGACAUGAUGCAAGCUCGUAAUUUGACUCCAUCGCUCCCUGCUGUGGAAGCAUAUUACAAUGGUUUGAAGGAGAGGGAUAUACCUGAAGACGAUCCACGGCUGAUGUUGGUUUCGCGAACGCUCAACAAUAUUCGCCUUAGAUUCGGACCCGGAAGUGGGAGAUAAAACAAGAUUUGGUUGAAAGAAAACAUGCUUUUCCUCAUUUUUGUGUUAGGCUGCCUGGCUGGCUAUAUAUUUCUUCUUUCUUUUCUUAUACUUCCUAGAAUGUUGGUUCACGAGAAUGCCUUUGGCCACUUAAUUUAAUUGCUUCAAAAAUCUGUUUCA